AAUGACAACCAGUCAAAAAAUCCGCUGCUAUUAGAUCGUCUGAUAAAUAACAUAAUAUUACAUUAAUAUGCAGCCAAUAACUAUAAUAAGGAGGUUUUCUUUAUCAAGACCUGUUAAAGAGGCGUUUGUCGAAGAGUUGCAGAAAAAUUUCAUCCCUACCAACACAUUUCAGAGAACGUUGUUAUCAUGCGGAUCGGCAGCUAUUUCUCUUUUAAAUCCCUACAGAGGUGACAUGAUUGCUUGCUUAGGAGAAGUUACUGGAGAGAGUGCUAUCAAACAUAUGAGAGACAAAAUGCUGGAAACAUCUGAAGGGGCUGCUAUCUUGAAGGAUAUGCCCAGGAUAAACUCAAAAACAGUGUCAUUCGAAAAGCUAUCCGAAAUGCCUGAAAACACAUUAGGUCGUGUCUAUGCCGACUUUAUGCGGGACAACAAUAUCACAGCAGACUCCCGAUUACCAGUGCAAUUCAUAAGUGACCCAGAGUUGGCAUUCAUUAUGCAGAGAUAUAGGGAAGUUCAUGAUCUUGUACAUGCUACACUAUUUAUGAAAACAAACAUGCUAGGAGAGGUCACUGUGAAGUGGAUUGAAGGGAUCCAAACAAAGUUGCCCAUGUGCAUCAAUGGUGGCAUUUGGGGAGCUGGUCGACUCUUGCCUAAGCACAGACAAAUGUACCUGAAGUAUUACUUGCCAUGGGCCAUUAGAACUGGAAAUAAUGCAAAAUUUAUGCAAGGCAUAUAUUAUGAAAAAAGAUGGGACCAAGAUAUUGAUGAGUUCCACAAAGAAAUGAAUAUAGUCAGGUUCCUUAAAAAAUAGAGCCCUAAAUAUUAAAAUCCAUAUUAAUAAACUUGUAAAUAGUAGAUUUAGCCAAGACAAA